GGUUGGUUGUCAAGAUGGCUGCGGCGGGGUCGCGGCCACCACCUCCGCCGUCGCCCUGCGAGGUCGCCGCCCUCGCCGCUGCUGUCGCCACUGUCGCCGAGGCCGCUGCGAAGCCAGGACUGCCGCAGCCGAGCCUGCGACGCCCGUGACGCGAGGCCUGGGAGACGCGCUGCCCGGAACGCCGAGGAGAGGACGAGGGAGGCCGAGCGGCCAUGCGGACGGCGCUGAGGUGAAGGAUGCUGGCGGGCAGGCCCGGAGCCCAGAGCGCAGGCGCAGGCGUGGGCGCCGGACCCCCCGACGCGCCGGGCGCCCGUGACGGCGGCGGGCGGCCGAGACCGGGCGCUUACCUAGAUAUGAAAAUCCAUCUUGAGAAAAAUUUAGAAGAAGAACGCCAGAUACUACUACAGCAACAAAAACUAUGUCGGAAUCGAGCACGUAAAUAUUUCAUGGAGUCAAACCGGAGAAGAAAAGCUUUCGAAGAGAAACGCCAAAAACAAGAAGAAAGAGAAUAUCAAAUUAGAGAACGGAUCCUGCAGCAGAGGAAGCAAAAGUUUGAAGAAGUUACUGAAAAAUUCCAGCGUGCCCACGUUCCUGUUUCUCAGAGAAGGAGAGCAGUUUUUCAAAAUCCAGUUCCUCCAUUAGAAGAGGCCCUAAAACAAAUUCAAGAGUCCAACUUAAAAUCAGAAGUAAACAUUCCUCUUUCCCACAGGCCAGCAACAAAUUGGCGAGCUAUAGAUUCUUCCUUGCCUUCAACAUUGUCAAAAAAUGAUCACAAGCUUCAAAAACAUCUCGUACGCAGAAUUAAUCGUAAUAAAGAAAUAAAGGAAAACAACAUAGCAAACCUAGCUACUAACAAAAAUGUGUUCCAGCUUAAACUGGAGGAGACACAGAAACUCCUAGAGAAUCAACAUUUAAGUGACUUGCAAAAAUUUUGUGAUGAAGUCAAUCAGAUAACCAAUUCUGAAACUCUCUCAAGUAUAGACAGUCUUGAGGCUGGAGAGCGUGAAGAAAUAUACAUCACACUUAGUAUGAAGCCUUCCACGUCAACCCAGCAGAACUCUGUUCCCCUUAAGUCAGCAAAUCUACAAGCAGCUCAUUUAAACUGCUUUGAUGAAGAUAAACUGUCAUUCUCUAAAACUCAGCAUAUAAACAAUUGGCUUACAAACUUAGAUGCUCAAAAUACUCAGCCUGUUGCAUCUUUUUCAGAUAUUUUAAUUAAAUCUAAUGUUCUGCCCUCGUGGGAAUGUUUAAAUAGUAAAGAACAAAAUCCACCUGCUCUGAGCAGAACUGUGGGAAGAACCACAAGAACUACUAGUGACUCAGUGGUCUUUGUGUGCAGUCCAUCCGUAGUUGCACUAGAUAAAAAAGGAGAAAACACUGCUGAAAGCAAUGUUGUGAGGACAAGUGAUCCCACUGAAGGAGCAGUCCAAAGGGAGAGGCCGCCACAAAUGGAGAGCCCAACAUUUAAAGUCAGUCGAGCCUGGACUACUCCAGAAUCUCUAACCCAGGAAACAGCUUCAUUCUCCAUCCAAGAGAGACCUUCUGAGUUAACUUGGGAAAGCAGAACCGCUUCAAUUCCUGCUUCAUCUGUAACAGUUUUAUCACCUAAUUUACAGUCAGGUGGGCCUUUAGCAGAGAACAACACACAAAUAAAAGAAAUUGACCCUGUACAGUGCUCUGAUAAGUUAGAUGAAUUGAAAAAUAUGGAACAUGAAAAGAUAAACCAUCUUAACUGUAAUAAAGAAAAGUAUUUAUAUUCACACAAUUUUCAGACCCCCUGUGCACUUCAAAAUUCUAAUUCAAAUGAUAGAAAACAAAAAGAGAGUGGCCCAUCAGCACCACUGGGUAACAGCGCUCCUGACUGUGACUUGCCAGACCAGCACAGCAUAAAACACAGUGUCCAUGAACAAAAUGGGGUGCGGCUGCUUAAGAGUAUAUUAAAGAAAGAAUCCAGAUAUGAACAUAAUUAUUUGAGAGCAUUAGUUAUGAAUCAAGGUUUUAAGUUUAGACACCAAAAGGCAGAAACUGUUAGAGAUAGUAUUGAAUUAACAAAACAGAAAGGGAAAGGUGCAGAAAUAUCAAAGACUAGUAAAAAGCUGCGGUGGUUUGAUGAAAGUGCUAACUUAGAAAAUGGUGUAGAUGGUUGCCACCCAGUGAGGAACAGAGCAGGAAUGGCUCCACGGUGGUUACAGCGCUGUCACACCAACAGUGGCACCUACAACCUGACAAGUAUUCCUGAGUGUCCUGUACAUUCUGCUGCUGGAAAGAAAGCCAAGGCUGAUUCUGUCCCAGAAAAUGCUACUGAUUUAGGAGGAUAUGAAAUAGACAGUGUGCCUUUGAACUCUUCUUUAGGCUUUAGCUUUGCCAAACAAGCCUGGUCGGCCUGCAGAAGAGGAGACAGCAAAGCCCCUGUACAUGCGAGUGACUCUAAGACUCAAAAGACUAAGCCUCAGAGAGGAAUAAAAUGCACUAGAAGAACAGGGUCUUCAAAGGUCCAGAAAGGACUUGUACAGAACAGAAAACCCACUGUCAGCCAGCCACAAACUUCAAGCAAAGCCAACACAGUGGCCCAAACUCAGGGUAAACUAAUUAUAACUCAUCCUCCACCUAAACCGCCAACAAACAUUAAAAGUGGUAAAAAUAUGCAAGUGUCUCCAUGUCAAUCAGCCAUACCUGAACAUUCUCAAAAUGUCAUGACACAGAGCUGUUUAAGUUCAACAUCUGUGCUUCCAACAGAGUACCAUUUGAACCAGGGGACUCAAGAAAGUAGUCUCCUGUUCUCAGACACCUGUUCUAACCUCCCUGCUGUGAGUCCAGCUCUACCAACUCCUUACUCUUCUGAGUGCCAAACCUUAGCAAAAGCCAAUUCAAAUGGCACAGCUUUCCUGAAAGACGGAGCAGUAUAUUGUACCCAUCGAAGUCCUGUUUGUGAAGAAAGCUACCAGUCUUUGACUCAUAGGAAUACUGAAGAAGAAUCAGUUCUCCCAUGGAGAAAAAAAAUCAAUGGACACCAAAAUGAGAGGACCACUGAUUCUACUGUUAGAAGAAGAAAGCAAAUUGUUGAAAAUAAAUGGAAAAGGCUGUUAGAACAGAAAAGGAAAACCUCUGGAUCUAUAGGAAUGACGUACACCGAGCAAAUAACUCAUUUUGGACAAAAUGUCCCACCAAGUACAACUGAACAAAUACAAGCUUCAAGAGGUGUCAAGACUGAAGAAGUUUCAGAUAGUACUUCUGAGUUUUUGGUGGCAGAAAACCUCAUGGAUUCUUCAGUGCCUGAAGAUGAAAUUCUGACUGCCAUAAACAGCAAGCAGCUACAGAAACCAAAUCUGUCCCAACCAACCAAUGUCUGUGCCCUAUCAGCUGAAGAGCAGAAGAUCCUGGAGUCUCUCCAUCACCUCGAUGAACGGCUAUACUAUGUACAAGAAGCAAUUCGCAAAAACCCUUCCAUCAAAAAUACUUUACAAUUAAUACCACUUCUGAGCAGCCAGCCAAGGGCAAGUCUGUCUCCUGAGGUUGGAUCCACAGUGCAAAGAAAAUAUUGAUAAGCUGUGAUAGUCACCAAUUAGUGGAAUCAUUAUGUUUGAGAAUUCCUGUAAAUAAGUUCUGUACCUCUGCAUUUAUUAAUGAUUUAAAAUACUAGACUUUUAUGCUUAUAAAAGUAAAUCAUAAUGUACUUAAUGAAAAUGAAUUUACUAGCUUAUAUUUAUGCUACAAAUUAUACUUUAUUAUGUAUUUUCUUGAUACAUUUUUAAUGAAUGAAAUAUUUCAUUGUUUUCAAUAAGCAUGCUAUUG